UUAUAUAAAUCCGAAAUUUAAAAAAUCAUAGCAGUUAAUGCAAUUGUUCAAUAUGUUUAGUGCCUUUAACAUAUUUGCUCUUUUUGCAGUUCUUCACAGAGGGUGCUGGGCAACUAGCUACACCUUUCCUGACAACUUUUUGUUUGGGACGGCAACUUCAGCAUACCAAAUCGAAGGAGCAUGGAACGAAAGUGGGAAAGGUGAAAACAUCUGGGAUAGGUAUACUCACGAUCACCCAGAAAGGAUCCUUGACGGAAGCAAUGGUGACAUAGCAUGCGAUUCCUAUCACAAAUACGAAGAAGAUAUCAAACUUCUUAAGGAGUUAGGAGUAGAUUUCUACAGAUUUUCUCUAUCGUGGACAAGAAUUUUCCCAAGUGGAUUUCCAUACAAUGUUAAUUACGAAGGCAUUAAUUAUUACAACAAUAUCCUUAAUUUACUUGCGGCCAAUAACAUUACGGCUAUGGUUACUCUGUUCCAUUGGGAUCUUCCACAAAGCCUUAUGGAUUUAGGAGGAUUGACAAAUCCUAAGUUUAUCACCUACUAUACUGAAUACGCAAGAACGGCUUUUGAACAUUUCGGCGAUCGAGUUAAAUAUUGGUUAACUUUUAAUGAACCUUUUCAAACUUGUGUGUAUGCUUAUGGUGAUGGAACGUUUGCCCCUGGUCUAACAAUGUCAGGGAUUGCCGACUAUCUCUGCGGCCAUAAUCUACUGAAAGCUCAUGCUGCUGCUUAUCAUCUAUAUAAUACGACAUACAGAUCCAAAUACGAAGGUAAAAUCGCUAUCUCAAUAAGUGCUGAAUGGUUUGAACCAAAUACUACGAAUGAUGAGGUAGCUGCAGAAAGAAUACGGCAGUUUUGGUACGGUAUGCACAUACAACCAAUUUUUUCAUCUGAAGGAGAUUAUCCUGAAGUUGUAAAAGAAUAUAUAGCGGCUCAGAGCUCUUUAGAAGGUUAUAAACGAUCGAGACUACCACAGUUUACCCAAGAUGAAAUAAACUAUAUAAAAGGAACCUCUGACUUUAUGGGUUUAAAUCACUAUAAUACAUAUUUAGCCACCAAUGCCUCAAGCACUAGUUUAGAAACUUCUUAUUACAAUGACAUUCAGGCUAGCUACUGGCUUAGUAGUUCGAACAUGGAAGACUCUGAUACUGCACGGGUAAGAGGACGUAUACAAUGCUUACAUAAGAUAUGGGUUUCUUGGUCUAAUUUAAAAAAUAUUAUACAUAUACAAAUAUACAUGACUUCAACGGAAUCAUAUGAAGUGAAGACAGAAAUUAGAGCAUUGUGCGAAUUAAACGCACUAUAUUUUCAGUACGGUAUGCACAUACAACCAAUUUUUUCAUCUGAAGGAGAUUAUCCUGAAGUUGUAAAAGAAUAUAUAGCGGCUCAGAGCUCUUUAGAAGGUUAUAAACGAUCGAGACUACCACAGUUUACCCAAGAUGAAAUAAACUAUAUAAAAGGAACUUCUGAUUUUAUGGGUUUAAAUCACUACAAUUCAUAUUCAGUUAGUCAUGCUCCGAGCACUCUUCAAGACACUUCUUAUCACAAUGAUUAUCAGGCUACCUAUUGGCGUCUUAAUGGUACGAACCUGAACGACGGUUUAAUGGUUGUUCCGUGGGGUUUCAGAAGUUUGUUGGCUUGGUUGAAAAAUACGUAUAAUGAUCCUGAAAUCUUUGUGACAGAAAAUGGAUAUGGUGCUGAUUUUGAAACCAUCGAUGAUAGGGAGAGAGUUUCAUUUUAUGGCCAAUUUCUUGAAGCUGUCUUAGAAGCCAUUCAUAUUGAUAAUGUCAGGGUUAUUGCCUACACAGCAUGGAGUUUAAUGGAUAAUUUUGAAUGGAAUAUAGGAUAUACGCGUAAAUAUGGAAUUUAUUAUGUGAAUUUUACUGAUCCCGAUCGUCCUAGAAUUCCAAAAUCGUCAGCACACUUCUUUAAAAACGUCAUUGGAAACAGAACAGUAGUGAGUUACGAAAGAAUUUUUUAAAAAAUGUAUCUAUCUACCUACUUCUCAGAAAGUUCCAAAAAUUUGUGUUUUACAAUAAAAGUUACUUUUCAUAAACCGUAACAAAUACACUUGUAUAUUAUUUACUAACAGUUCAUUUUUAAGACGGUAUUAAAAACGAAUAUAUCCGUAAAAGGGCACAAAAAUCAGA